AGGAGCUGACGCGUCCCCCCAGGGUGAUGGGCAAAGGUAUCCAAGAAAUGAGGACCACAGCUGUUCUUGGUUUUGGCUUUCCCCACCUCUCUGGGCCCGUUUGAGCAUCGCAGCUUCUUAUGUUGCCCGCCCCCUUGUUUGCUGCCCUCAACUUCCUGCCCCACCAGAGGAAGUGCGGAGCGGCAGCAGGUGCAGCAACAGCUAUCGGGGCCAUGGACAAGGAGUAUGUGGGUUUCGCCGCCCUCCCCAACCAGCUGCACCGCAAGUCCGUCAAGAAGGGGUUUGACUUCACACUCAUGGUGGCAGGGGAGUCGGGCCUGGGAAAAUCUACCCUCAUCAACAGCCUGUUUCUCACCAACCUCUAUGAGGAUCGGCAAGUCCCGGAGGCCAGUGCUCGCUUGACACAAACGCUGACCAUCGAGCGCCGGGGCGUGGAGAUCGAGGAGGGCGGUAUUAAGGUGAAGCUGACCCUGGUGGACACACCUGGCUUUGGGGACUCAGUGGACUGUUCAGACUGCUGGCUGCCGGUGGUGCGCUUCAUUGAGGAGCAAUUUGAGCAGUAUCUUCGGGAUGAGAGUGGCCUGAACCGGAAGAACAUCCAGGAUACCCGUGUCCACUGCUGCCUCUACUUCAUCUCACCCUUUGGCCGGGGGCUCCGGCCCCUAGAUGUGGCCUUCCUCCGGGCAGUGCAUGAGAAGGUCAAUAUCAUCCCAGUCAUUGGCAAAGCAGAUGCCCUGAUGCCUAAGGAAACACAGGCCCUCAAGCAGAAGAUUCGGGAACAGUUGAAGGAGGAGGAGAUCAAUAUCUACCAGUUCCCUGAUUGUGACUCUGAUGAGGAUGAAGACUUCAAGAGGCAGGAUGCAGAGAUGAAGGAAAGCAUCCCUUUCGCUGUCGUUGGUUCAUGCGAAGUAGUGAGGGACGGUGGGAGACCGGUGAGGGGACGCCGCUACUCCUGGGGCACCGUGGAGGUGGAGAACCCACAUCACUGCGAUUUCCUGAACCUGCGAAGGAUGCUCGUGCAGACACACCUGCAAGACCUGAAGGAGGUGACUCAUGACCUGCUCUACGAAGGCUACCGGGCACGCUGCCUACAGAGCCUGGCCCGGCCUGGGGCGCGUGAUCGAGCCAGCCGUAGUAAGCUCUCCCGCCAGAGCGCCACAGAGAUCCCGCUGCCCAUGCUGCCCCUGGCCGACACGGAGAAGUUGAUCCGCGAGAAAGACGAAGAGGUGAGCAAGCACCUCGCUUUCGCCCAGAUCAAAUCCCCACAUCCUCUUCGAAUUCCCUCUCUGGUCUUGCCCGGUCCCAGCGCCUGCAAUCUUGCCCCGCACAGCUGCGCCGCAUGCAAGAGAUGCUGGAGAAGAUGCAGGCCCAGAUGCAGCAGAGCCAGGCUCAGGGCGAGCAGUCGGACGCUCUCUGAGGCCCCCGCCCGGGCCCUACUUUAACUUGCCUCCGCCUUCAGUUCGUCUCUUGUCCAAUCCUCGAGCCCCAGGCUGCCCGGCGCCUAAUCCUGGCGCCCAGCCUGUAAGGCCCGCCCUUCAAGGAUGUUCGCGGGCUAGCAGUUUCUCCCAGUCCUGGAGUGUGUAGCCCCGCCCCGACCCCGCCUUGGCUCCGAUCCAAUCCUCCCUGGCCCACCGCAGGAGCCCGAUCUUCCCUCCCAGCCCCUAACUCUCCCACCCCCUCCUCACUUCACCCAAACUGUGACUUCAAUAAAAACUGAGUUUCCCCGAG